GCUCGGGAGGGGGGUCCGUUUGCUUCCAAGGGAGAGGAGCUGAUGCUGUCAGAAGGCGGGCGGCUGAAGCUGUCCUCCUCCUCCUCCUCCCAGUAAACACCAAAUCCACCCGCUUUCUGCAAAGGAGAAGGAGGAGGAGGAGCAGCGUGUGUCGGCUACAAAAUGGCCAGCGCUGUGACAGAGUGUGGAAAUGUAAGGAUCAUCACACAAGUGGUCCAGCAGCCGGGUCCACAGUCAGCAGAUGUUGCUGCUGCUAGCAUGCUUGGGUCUACUUCCACUGUGUCACAGAUGAUGCCACCUGAGAUCAAAAAUGUUGAUACACUGCCAAAAGCACUUGGGGCUGUACAUAUUGUUUUGGGGGCUACACAGAUAAGCUUUGGCAUUGUUCUAACUAUAGCACAGGGGAACUUAAAGACCCUCACUGUGAAGAGUGGGAUCUACUUCUGGAUUGGGAUCUUGCUGUUAUUUUCUGGGUCAUUACUUGUGGAGAUGGAGAAACGAAAGCAUGUUUGGCUGGUCAGAGCUUCGUUAAUUGCCAACUUGUUAGUCUGUGUGGCUGCACUGAUUGCAAUAGUCCUCCAUGCUACUGAGAUUGCACACCAGAAGAAAUCAGAAAAACUUUGUGAUGAACUUUACCUUGUAUACUGCAAUCAUCGUGAAGCGGAACUGGUAUAUGGACUGAACUCGAUCUUUAUCAUCCUUUCACUCCUUGAAAUAUCCAUCGCAAUCACUGCCUUAGUGACUGGAUACAAGGCCUCAAGACAGGAGCUUUAUCGGUGGAUGAUAUUGUAAUUCCUGUCACACCACUUGUUGCAGUGCUGAGUACUGUACCUAGAUUAUUACUUUGCUUGAUGCAAAUUGGCAUUGAACAUCUCAACACCUUCCCAAGAAAGACCACAAACCUGAAGAGAAGCCACCUCUAAAUCCUGAUGACCUUUUGCAUUAUGUGCCUCUUUCUAGAAGGAAAGGAAAGGGUCUAAUUUGCAUGUGAAAGGGGGAACCAACAAGCUAAUCAAACGGGCCUUCCCAACCUGAUUUUUCAUGAAAGUGUUAUUGUGAUGAGCAUCUUAAAAAUUCACAUGCUAUAUUGAAACUGAAAAUAUAUGUGAAAGUUAAAGAAAAUGCCUAGCAGUUGAAAUACACUUGUGGAUCUUAAAGGUGUGGGUUGGGAAUCUGUUGGAGUACAUUGUUAAUGACCAUGCAGUAAAUUUCUCCACAAAAAGAUCUUCUGUGAAGCCUAUCACAGCAAAAGAAAACAAAACAAAAUGAAAAAAACAACACUAUCAGAACCUCAGCUAUUUUGUUUUAAAGGAGAAAGAUAAAUCUUUAUUUACCAAGGACCUUAUCCCUUCAAUUCUGCAGCUUGCUCCAGUACUUUUAAGGUUGCAAUAAUGUACAUACCUGCUCCAAAAGAAGUGCCACUGAAUUUAAUAUGACUUACUUCUAAGUAGACAUAUAAAGUAUUGCACUGAAAGGCUAAAAACAUAUAUAACAAAUGCCAGUGACACAGCCGUGCUCAGUUCUGAACAGACAGGGAUAGGAUCGGGGGAAACCAACAGUCUUACUUGCAUAGGCUUCCCAGAGCAACAACUGAAGAGGGGUCCUGUAUCAUUAAUGGCUGUGUGUCAGCCUGUAUUACCUGGUUGUGUGACAAGCAGCCCCUGCUGAAAUUCCCUCUUCUACACAGCCAUUAAUGGUACAGAAGGUCUUUCUAGUUUUUACUCUGGCAAACAGUAUUCCUGUGUGUUGCAUACUAUCCUCUUGCCUUUCAUAGAAACACUUUGUUGCUUUCUUGUCUGAGAAAAUUCAGAACCUCUAGUGUUACUUGCAGACAAAUAGCAGUUACUCAGUGGAAACACCUGAGAGAUUAUUAAGUUUAUACUACAAGCCUAUGUAUAAACAACUCUAGAUAAAGAGAGGCUGGUGUGGGAGCAAGGAAGACAUAGGGUCUUAAUUAGUAUCCUUUUGUUGCACUAUAAUGGAUGAUGUAGGCAGAUCAACAAAUGAUGAUCUGCUGUGUUUCACCUACUUUUUUUCUUCUGGUAAUUUGCAAAACUACAGCAGAUAGGUCAACAUGAUUAAAUCAUUCAGUUCAGUGACCAGGCCAUUUGAUUUGUUAACAUUAGUAAAGUUCUUAUGUUACCAUACAGUUUUGUUGUUGUGUGCCUUCAAGUCAUUUCUGACAUGGUGACCCUAAGGUGAAUAUAUCAUGGGGGUUUGUUGGCAGGUUUCCUCAAAGGGGUUUGCCAUUGCCAUCCUCUGGGGCUGAGAGUGUGUGACUUGCCCAAGGUCACCCAAUGGGUUUACAUGGCUGAGCUAGGAUUUGAACCCUGGUCUCCAGUCAUAGUCCAGCGCUCAAACCACUACACCAUGAUGGCACCAUUUCUGGAGGUAGGAAAAAUAAAAACUUAGGGGCCAAUUUAAGUACUUUGUAGAAUGAAGAGAAGUCUUUUCCACUAAGACUUGGCUAAGCAUGUCUCCUUGAUGUGCUAGUUUUGUAUGUGUAAGAUCUUUUACACUUCAGGGAAAAUUCAGGAAUGUCAUCUCCUCCAUCCCGCUGCCUGCAUCCCAAAUAACACACACUAGGAAAGACUUAGUCACAGCCUUUCUUAAUCUGUUAUCCACCAGAUGGAUAGGGCUGUAAGUGCUACAGGCCUCUAGCCAGCUAUGGGACAGCAGAAGUCCAGCACAUACAGAGAGAAGGCCAUUUCUACUAGAUGUGGAAACUGGUCAGUAUGUCAGACUUAGCAAACUCUACUGGAGGAACCACCCCUACAGGGGCCCCAUUCACACUCAAGAAAUGACCCACGUUAUUUCAUGGAUUUGCCUCAUCGAAUCUCUCCAUGGCAUUUUAUCCCAUACAAAUGUCAUGUCUCCAAGGGUCUCUCUUAGUGACUAUCUGAUUCUUUUUCUCUAAGUUUCAGUGAGAAUCCAGUAUUUUUUAUUUUUUAAAUUUUCACUCAACAUUAUCAUUUUAUAAGUAAUUCUAAAGACAAUGUUUUUAUUAUUAUCAACUCUGUAUGAAGUAUUUCAAGGAAUUAGUAAUGGUUCUGUCUUUGUUUUUCUUCUUUCAAAGUGCCUGUAAAUCUUUGCUGCAUUUAAACAACAAAGAUGUCUAUGGGAGCCUAUUUGUGUGUAUGCUUAUAUGCCCUAUAUAUGCCAAGAGCUCAUCUAAAGGAGUGGUUAAGAAAGUGACAGAAGAGACCCCAUCUCUUCCAUCACUAGUGGGUUUUAGCAAGCCAUGACUUUCAGCUGUAUGAUUGUUAAACCAAAACAAUCUGAGACAGUGAGUCUGUGAAAUUUCAUGUGAUUCCUGAGUAGACCGUUAUUUCUUUCACUUUUGCCUCGCUGUUAAGAGAAGUGAGCCCUUCUUGUAAUGAAAAAAUAUCAAGACGUUGAUUUUGCAACUGCUUUGCAACUACUAAAAAAUGUGUGCUACUGCACUGGUGUGAAUUAUGUAUGAAAAUGAGCACUUAUCCUAAGCCUCUGCACUAAUAUUACUCUAAAGAGCGUGAUGCUGGCACUGUGGGUUUAGCAGUAGCUCUUUCCAAGGAUUUUAGGCCAGACUGUUGAGGGUGUUUACUGUAUAGCACUUCCCUGCUAUUUGUUUUAUACAUUUAUACUAAAAUAUGCUUGUCACUGAGGUGCGAAAUACCCUUUCCCCAUAAUAAAGGUGACUUGUUUCUCUA